AAGCAUUCUGCAGUCUGGACAAAUUGGCUCUUGUGUUGAACGCCUGAUUGGAUAUAAACUUCGGCGAGCUUGAAUCUAACUCUGUAGCCUCACCGAUGAUCAGGAUCCAGAACAGAAGCAAUUGCGAGCCUAUCUCGCCACGGGGUCUCCGUCGGGGGAACUCACGCACCCGAUUGAUGGGCGACGCCAAGAUUAAGUAGAUCGGAUCCACCCCUUUUUUCUUUAAUGCGGGGGUAAAUGCGGCGUGAUUAAUCAUCUAUCAUAGUGAAUUAGCACUAUAUAAUCAAGCUCUCCUUGGUGGGAUAAAGCUAUCGUUUGUUAUUUCGUUAGAACUUCCCACUCGUCCUAACCUAACAGUGGGUAUACGACAACAACCGCGGUGAACCCACAACCAUUUUAUUCACUAUCUGGCUGACCGACCAAGCCAAAUUGAAAAUGUCUGCUACAAUCCCAGAUUCGAUGCAAGCACUCGUCGGAAACCGACUGGCGGCCGCGCGACUAGUCAACUAUGCCUUUGGGAAGCCCUGUGGAGACGGGGCGAAGGUCCAAACGGUGCCCACUCCAACCAUAUCAGACACGGAAAUCCUCGUUCGUGUCAAAGCGGUCGCGUUGAAUCCCACAGACUUCAAACAUGUCGAUCUUCUCGCCGCAAAAGGGGCCAUCAUCGGCUGCGACUUUGCCGGAACGGUGGCCAAGGUGGGAUCCAAAGCACCCGGCAACUGGCAAGUCGGUGAUCGGGCAGCAGGCUGGGUGCACGGUGGCUUGUAUUACGACCGUGGUUCGUUCGCCGAGUUUCUCAAGGUCCCGGCGGACCUGGCUUGGAAGGUUCCCUCCAGUGUGAGCGACGAAGCAGCAAGUACCUAUGGGGUGUCUGCCGUCACGGCGGUGCUGGCUCUCAAUGCUCGCCUGGACGUUCCGUGGGCCGAUGGAGGCCCGCAAGGAGGACAUCGUGACUCGCCUGUGUUUAUAUACGCGGGCGCAACUAGUGCCGGUCUCUACGCCAUUCAGCUAGCCAAACUAGCCGGCUUAAAGGUCGUAACCACGGCAUCUCCACGGUCGCAUGACCUGGUAAAGCAAUACGGCGCAGACGACGUGUUUGAUUACCGAUCACCAACCGCAGCAGACGAAAUUGCCAGGGCGUAUCCACAGAUGAGCCGAGCUCUGGACUGCUUUUCCGAAGGCGGUUCGACGGACUUUUGCAUUAAGGUUGUACAGAAGGCGAAGGGCAAGGUGGUCACUCUGUUAGACAGGGGCAAGACGACCGACAAGGGAGUGGAAGUGGACUUUUUGCUUGGGUAUGGGGCCUUCAAUCUUCCAUACCAGUGGAUGCCUCCUGUUGGACCUCAAUUCUCCGCCAACCCGUCCGACAACGCGGCUUUGCGUCGGUUUUAUGCAUCAUUGCACGACGUCUGCCAUCAACUGCGAGCACCUCCUCUCAAAAGCAUCGAUGGCGGGCUACACCAUCUCAAUGAAGGCCUCGAUCUUCUUCGCAAGGGAAAGGUUGCUGGUACCAAGUUGGUUGCCCGUCUUCAAUAACGUUCUACCCAUGGUGCACAUCAGUGUGAGGUACCAGCGUAAACCUUCAUGUAUUUAUAUGAUUUGAUGUUCGUUAAGCGGUAAUAAACUGUGUACAUUUGUAAGAACCACGACCAUAAUUAUCCAACUGAAGAAAUCAUUGUUGCUAGAAAGAUGUCAAGGAUCUAUGUUGAUUUAUCCACAGCUAGUCACUAUACCAUGCAAGGCACCUUAUAGAAAUCUUUCAACCAAAUUCCCCUGGACCUUGACAAACAUUACACUCCUCUUAGUUGAUAGGAUUCUCCAUAUUUGGGAGAGAGUUCUGGCCGCCCUUGAAGUGGAUCUACAUGCCAGUCG